AUGGCUGGAAGCUCGUCCUCCCCAAUCAGCUCGGCAGCACCACAAAGCCCUGACAUGGGAGACUCUACCAACGGCAUCAACUUCACCAACACAAACACAGCAGCAUCACCGUCUCUGAUAUCCCAAUCCGCCAAGAAAGGCAGAGGUCGCCCACGUAAAUACCACACUGAUGCCGAGCGCGAAGAAGCAAAACGCCGCUAUCGCGAAAACCACAAGACCAAAGCCGCGACUGGCACGCUGGGCGUGAGCGGUGCUGGAACCACGGCUGCGGACUUUCAAGCCGCUGCUGCUCAACCUCCUGCACCUACGCAGCAGGAUGUCGAUGAGCUGUGGGAGGCUGUAAGGGGUCUGCAGGACGAAAUUGCGGGUUUGAAGAUGCAGUUGGCGCAGAGAGAUGCCGCUGCUGCGGCCGCUUUGCCGGGCCAGAAGCGUAAGAAGGUCUGA